CAGCAAUGAUCAGCUGGCAGAGCUGUGAUUGGCUGACUGCUGCUCAACUUCCUUAAUAAACAAAAACAGCCUCCUCAGCUGACUGCCUUGCCCUCCUUUCGAAUGUGGUGGCACGUUGGUCUGGAAGUUGUGCUCUGGGGGGACACUGCUGGUGGGACACUGUGCUAAGCUGGGCUGGAUAACCGAGGAAGCUGCCGACGGUGAGGGAAUUCACCCAGGGAUGCAGUAGGAGGUGGAGGCAGAAUUCUGCAGGAAGGCAUUCCUAGGAUUUCAUCAACACCCAGCAGCAGGCAGAACUGUGCAUGUGGAUCGGAGUCGCUCUGAAAGACGCACAUAGACUGAAUGAUGGACAAUGGCUAUGAGGUUUUAAUUAACAGCAGCGCUUCUGACUCCUGUAAAGUUUUUUUAUCAGAUUCCUUGGAAUGCUUCAUCUGCAGAGAAGGGGAGGUGUCUGACCAGGAUGAGCUGAGGAACUUCUGUGACUGUAAGAGCCUGGUGGCCCAUCACAGGUGCCUGCUCACUUGGAUCUCAAAGGGCCCUGGACCCGAAAGCUGUCCUAGAUGCACUGUCUGCAAAGCUGAGUACGAGCUGCGGAGGUCCUCGGCGUGGAGGCAGGUGGCGGGCCAGUGGCAGACCUGGCUGGUUUCCGCAGCCGUCCUCGCCCUGCUGGCCCUGGUGCCCUUCGUGGUGUUCCGGAUGAUGACGGCGUUCCAGGACCCCCCUCCCCACUCCGUAUUCAAGGCGGCGGCAAUCUGUUUCGGGCUGCUUGCAGAGACGCUCCUAAUUAAAUGCUUGGUGAGCUACUGCAGCAGCCGGUAUGGCGCGGCCAAGACGUCCUCCUUCUCCGUGCUGGCGCGGUCGGCCGAGCAGCGCGACGCCGGCCCGGGCCCCCGAGGGCCCCCGUCCGCGGCCGCGGCGAGCGGCGCAGGCGGGAGGAAGCAGGAGAGCGUCAAAGCCAGUGGGAGCUGGGGCCGCAAGCUCUGAGCGGGAGCCGGCGCACUGCGGACCGACCCCUCGGAGAGCCCGGCAGCGCGCGGAGGAAAAACAGAUUGACUCUCAGUGACUCAUUUAGCUUCUGGAUUGGACAGAUUUCGCUCCUGCUGGCGACUUUGGCCAUGUGUCAACGGGACAGACACCACCAAGUGGAGAGGUGGCUUAUGAAAAUUAUGUUGUUGGCUUUUGGAGAGGCUGGAGAGGGGGGAGGCUGCAGAGAAGGAAGGGUGGAUUUUCUUUUUUUUUUUCGGAGAGAUUAAAUUAAAGGCAACAUUAGGCUGCUGGUAAUAAGAUGGAGCAGUUUGUGAUUAGUGAAGUGGUUUUAGCGUAGGUAGGUUUGUUGAGUGAAGUGAGCCUCCGUCUGCCGCAGGUCAGUCAGGUGGCAGUGAGGAGUGUGACGACAAGCUCGACUGUUGCUGAAAACACCGCCUUCCACGCCGGUUGGAAACCCCUUAGGCACCAGCCUGAAAGUUGGCAGAGUACCGUGCUGAGGGCAUGAGGCCUCAGUCUUGGUCCCAGCCCCACUCAGGAGGGCAGAAAAGCUCCCGAUCUGGGAACACACCCUCGCCCUGCUCCACACGCCAGCUCUCUUCUUGCCUUGUUCUUUUCACAGUGCUCAGUAGCUGGAAUCUGGAAUUCAAGUAUACACAUUCAGCUAUGAAAAAAAACAUAUUUUUUGGUAAGUCUGAAAUGAAAAUAAGGGUGGGUUUCUGGAAUCAGGGUUUGUUGGGUUUCUGCCGAAACAGAAGAACAAAAUAAUGUGUCAGCAAAGGGAUUGGAUGGGAAGGAAAGAAAGGAGGACAUUAUUUAAGCUAAGCAUGUCUGAAAUGCUAUAAACCGUGCAAUUUCUCAUUAAUUAUAAAGAUUUACUAUUUGAUGGGUAAAAAGGGAAGGAUGCACUCUUCCACUGAUAGCGCGUCAGGUGAAGUUGCCGCAAGAACACUGGGGUCAUUCCAACAACAGAGCAGCCUUUAGUGGACUAAAUUGCUUUUUCCUGUUCCUUACAUUUAAAAGCCUUUAAAAGCUUACAAUUAAAGACCUCUUUGCCUUCACUUAUUUAUUUUUUUUUUGUUCAUAUCAGCUUGAGAAAUGAAUGAUAUCUCUCCUUAGUCAGUGUCAGGUGGUGAUUCAAGACUCCAUUAUCAUUUGACAGCAGCACACUAAGGCCCAGAGCCAUUGUAUGAGUAUAUUGCCAAAGUAAAAUAAGGGAGCAGUUCCCUCUGUAGCUCUGGAAUCAUUCUAAUGUUGAGAAGAUGUUAACCCUUGCCUGCCUCUAAAGCUCACCUUAGUGAGUCUGCACUGGUCCUGCAGAGUGCAGAGCAGUGUGGUGAGUUUGGAGAACAAGAACAUAAGGAAGGUUUCAUUUGGUUCAUCUAGUCUGUUGGAUGGUAAGUAGCUACCUGAUCCAAAGAUCUCAUCCAGUCGUUUCUUGAAUGAGAAGAAACCAGGGUGCAAGCUUCACCAUGGCUUAGUUGUUUGCUUCAUGAUACAUUUGUGCUUGUAGCUACCCUUUCACAGAGCUCUGGUAAAGCCUAGAACACAACAAGCACUACUGUCACAUCAGAAAUAGCAAGCUCUUGCUCCAUUUUGUAUAGAGCUUCUUACACAACCUUAGAGCAAGUUUUCAAGCGUCUGCUCCUCUCUGCCUGAGAAUCUCAACCCGGAUUCAAGUCAGAGUUGCGCAAAAAUCGACCACAGUGUUUCAGAGACAACAUAUGGGCUAGAGGUAUUGUGAAGGGUAAGAAUAAAAUCAGAUCAACUACUCCCUGCUUCCUACACACUUUUGGCACAAGGUAUGGAGCUGAAACUGCGAGUGCUUCAGACAGUCAGCUCCAAGUGCUGCUCUGUUAGUGCAGUAUGUUUUAACACCACUAUCAUUAUUAGAAACUGCCUUCAAUCCAAACUCAUCUCCCUUCCCAUCUUAUUUGUGACACAUUAACAGCAAAAAAAAAAUGGGACUAGGUUUCAGAAGUGGGAGGGAUCUGCUUAUCAAGCCGGCAGUGUGUUUAUCAGGAGUCUGGUUUACUUAAAGAAAAAGGACACCUCCCUUUGUCUGUGAAUAGGAUGCAGGUGUUUUUACAGUCCCUUUAAAAAAAAACACCAGCACCUGAUAUAACAGUGCCUUUUUUACAGCUCAGCAAACCCCUAUUUUCCUCUUAAUUGGCAUAGCAGUUGAGAAGCCGUGGAGGGAAUGAUUUUGGCGUUGCCUAUGAAUAUAGAUUAACUUUCUAGAUUGCCCUUUGAUUUUACUUGGAAAAGACAGGAGGUCUAUUUUGCUACUAGGGUGGUCCCAGCCAAUAUGAAAUGCUUUGCCUCUAAUUAGCCUAUCAGCAUUCUCACAAGUCCCUCAUUAUCCUGGUUUAUAUCUUCCUGUGUUCCAGACUGUACUUUUGCCUGGGUACAGACUGACCUUUUCUGUAGCCAUUAGGAAUGUGCGCUAGACUGAGGGAUGCUGUGCUUGUUGAUUUAUUGAGCCAUCGGUUCCCCGUGUCACCAGAAGAGGUAAACCAAAGUGACAAACAUGAGCCAGAGAACAGGACUACUCAGUGCUACAAUACCCGAGUCCAUCUUUUCAGUCAGAGUUUUGUCUGGGAACUUCCAGGACCACAAUGGCUGACCGGAUGUUCUAGCAGAAGAAUGAGUUUCUCUGCCCAGUAACUUCCAUGGGAUCCAUUGUCCUUCUCUGUUCAGAAUUUAGAUUUAUAUCAGGAAAAUACCAGUUGCUGUAGCCAUAAACAAUACACUGCACAGAGGAAUGUGUUUCUGCAUGCCUAAGCUGAAGAAGGCACCUUCCUGCAGGAUUUUCAUGGAGGUGUUCUCAACCGAACUGGGCGGAUGUGAUGAUUUUACCACGGUGAAAAAUGUAAAACACUGCCCUGUUUCUUUUUUGGGAUAGCAGCAAUAGGCAGGCAGGCAAUUCAGGAUAUUCUGUGCUUCUUUUAUUUGCAUUGUCAUUGUGUUUUGACAAUGUUGUGGGUAAACCAAAAGACAAGACCAGAGAAUGUCAUAAUGCUGAUAGGUUCUUAAUUUCUAAGUGACAUGAUCAGCACCUUUCUGCUCCUUUAUUUCUGCACUAUAAAAUUUAAUUUAUUAGGGCAGAUUAUUUGCUAAGAUAACUAACUCUACAGGAGAAGGCCAGGCAGUUGAUCCAGUUGUACAAUGUUUACAUACCUUCAGCAAAGCAGCCUUCAGCCCCUUAAAGAGCUACUGCUUGCUGGAGUCGUACAACGAGUGAGUGUGCAUGGAAAAGAAUGAGAGAAGGUCAGAUCAGAGGACGAUUCAGAAGCAGACGAGUGUGUUCUCCACGAACACUUGCUUACAGACACCAUGCAAAGUCAUGUCUGAGCUGCCAAGACAUGAAGAGGAAUCGUUUCUAAAACCUGGGAGACCAGGCGCAGAUGUAGCAUUAGUUACAGGGUGACAGAAAACAACGGAAAAUGAACUGGCGCUUCACCUAAAUAUCACACCUGCGGGGACAAUGAGUGGCGAACCAUCUCAGAAAGCAAAGUUUGUAAAACAGCUCCCAUCCUGUUCGUCUGUGACGGAUGGAAACGGACAGUCCUCUGCUUCCCUAAUUAGGUUCACUCGGCCUUGUGCAUCUCAUUAGAGCCAUUAGCUUCAGUGCAUUUUUUUUAAUUAAAUAGCCCAUGAAGAGGCAGUGAGAGGGGGCACUGGUCACAUCUGUGGCUCUGUUGAAUCAUCCUUUAAGCUGAGAUUAACCAAAAGGGGCUGCAGAGGGGAGAGGAAUGGGAAAGGGCGGAGGAGGGGGGAGGGGUGCUCAUUUAGAUAAAGCCAGUAAACAAAAACACAGAUAAUGAAAAAGGCGAAAAGCUGAGGAAAUUUCACUUAAUUCUGCUGGACUUUCCUGCUGUGAGCUUGACUUCCUCGCAGCAGUUGCACCUUCGUUGAACUGGAAUGAAAAGUGUUGGUGUAUUUUUCUUAUGAUCACUCCCAGAAAAGCACUUUAUUGUUUUGUACCACGCUUAAGUCAACAUAAACAUGAAAACUUGUGCCAUUCUUAUUGUUCUCAUACCACUAUCGCGUGUAUCAUAAAUUUAGGAUUUUUAAUGCGCUCCAUUUUGCAGUAUUCAUCUUCUCAUUUGCAGCAAGCUUCGCUCUUUUUAACAGCCGCUGUACGUUUGAGAGCAUCAGUAUUAUCUCCAGGAUGGAUCACAGGGCUAACGCACUCCAUAGCUGUUAUGAAAUGCCAUAGCAAAAAGAGAGCCCACGCCUGUGUGAUUUCAAGGCUUAAUAUUCUGAUGUGCCAGAUGGGCACUUUCAUGACUGUAUGAGCGUGGAUUAUUUCAUUUCCUACAUCUGGGACUCCACAUGGCGACACAGAAUGCUGCUGGAGAGCCGUGCAGGCUGCCGGCUGGGGGAGCGUACCUUCGCCGGGGAGCUCUCUUGAUCUCGGAGUGAGGCAGAGGCGCUGGCACAAAUGGCAUCCGAAAGGUUACGUGCCUGGGCUCCGGCACAAGACAAAUGUUCCUGAAAUAUCGCUGCUUGAAAUUCUAGCAGUGUCCAGCCACAGCUCCAGGCUAGCCGCGCCUGGUACUCCGACAGCACGGUCUUUGCUUGUUUUGUGUAUUUUGUCCCCCUCCCGCUGAUUGUACUUUAGUUUUGAAAUUUUAUCAAAACCCGACAAAUUCCGGUCUGCUUUCAUGUGAAACUGCUUUGAGUUUUCCACAGAACUGACUGGAGUGCUCUGUGGCAGUAACCUAGCUGUCAUAAUAUUGUCUUUUCAUUUCGGUGUUUUGUAGUGUUUUUUCUAUGGUUGUUGCUUUGUAAAUAAAAGUCAAGUGACCUGUGUGAAUCAGGUGAAACUCCA